GGCGCGGGGAGACCGGAGGGAACGGUCAGCUGGCGAGGAAGAGAGGGGAGGCGGCCCCAUAAACAGAGAGAGAGCUCUCCAAGUAAACGCAUUUGGCAAUAGGAAACGGUAUAUUAGAGGGGAGGGAGUGGCGGAGCAAGGCCAGGCAGGAAGAAGCUGGAAGAAGACACUUUACAGCUUCUGCCCUCUUCCCAGAUUGUCCCGAGUGCCGGCUAGCGAAGCCAGCGCCCCCCGGGACCCGGUGGGGUGCGAGAGAAGAUCGAGAGCAUCCCCACCCUGUCCCGGGCCUCCAAGUGCCCCAGGACCGCAGCAAUCGGCCAAGCGGCCCAGCAUCUGCAGCCCAGCUUCAGAAGAGGAGGAGGAGGAGGAGGAGGAGGUGUCAGGGGCGGGGGAGGAGGAGAGAAGUUGGCCUGAGUCCAUACCUCCCUCCCCCCCUCCCCAGUCCCAGAGCUUCUAGCCCUGGGGCUACAGCCCAAGGCAGAGCUGGGAGAAGGAGGUCCUGAGUCCCCCUGGGAUGGACCUGCUCGUGCUGCUGCUGGCUCUGGGCCUGGCUGAUGGUGGUUCUACGAUGUCCUCACCCAACUCUCUCUUGACCUGUGCCUGUGAGAACUUUAACUGCAAGGGAUCUUCCACCUGCCAGGGGUCUUGGUGCACUGUGUGGCUGAUAAAAGAGGCAGGAGGACAACCCCGAGAGUAUCGGGGCUGCAGUAACCAGCACCACCAAGAGACAUGUCUGGGACUGCCCACUGAGGCCUUUGCCCAUCAUUGCUGCUACCAGCCUCUCUGCAACCUCAACAUCACCCUGAAAUUAGCAACCACACCAGCCACACCAGAGGAACCCCAUCGAACUAACCAACUGCCACUGAUUUUGGGCCCUGGGUUGGCUCUGCUGAUCCUUCUGGGGCUGGGGGCCCUGGGCCUGUGGCACCUCAGUCGAAGGCGUGAGAAACAAAGAGCCUUGAACAGUGACCUGGGAGAAUCCAGCCUCAUCCUGAAGGCAUCGGAGCUGGGGGACAGCACACUGUGGGAUCUUCUGGACAGUGACUGCACUACAGGCAGUGGCUCUGGUCUUCCUUUCCUGGUCCAGCGGACAGUAGCCCGGCAAAUUGCUCUGGUGGAGUGUGUGGGCAAGGGCCGCUAUGGGGAAGUGUGGAGGGGCUUGUGGCAUGGUGAAAAUGUGGCUGUCAAAAUCUUCUCCUCCAGGGAUGAGCAGUCCUGGUUCCGAGAGACAGAAAUCUACAACACGGUGCUACUCAGACAUGACAAUGUUCUCGGUUUCAUUGCUUCUGACAUGACAUCCCGUAAUUCCAGUACCCAGCUGUGGCUGAUCACCCACUAUCAUGAGCAUGGCUCCUUGUAUGACUUCCUGCAGCGGCAGCCACUGGACCGAGGAUUGGCCCUGCGGCUGGCCCACUCCAUUGCCUGUGGUCUGGCCCACCUUCACGUGGAGAUCUUUGGAACCCAGGGCAAGCCAGCCAUCGCCCACCGGGACCUGAAGAGCCGCAAUGUCUUGGUUAAAAGCAACCUACAGUGUUGCAUAGCGGACCUGGGCCUGGCAGUAAUGCAUUCUCAAGGCAGUGACUCCCUGGACAUUGGCAACAACCCUCGGGUGGGCACCAAGAGGUACAUGGCGCCAGAAGUACUGGAUGAGCAGCUUCGCACUGACUGCUUUGAAUCCUAUAAGUGGACAGACAUCUGGGCCUUUGGUCUAGUGCUAUGGGAGAUAGCCCGCCGGACCAUAGUGAACGGUAUUGUGGAGGACUAUAGGCCGCCCUUCUUUGACAUGGUUCCCAACGACCCCAGUUUUGAAGAAAUGAAAAAAGUGGUUUGUGUCGAUCAGCAGACACCCAACAUUCCCAACCGUCUGGCUGCAGAUCCGUUUCUUUCAGGUCUGGCACAAAUGAUGCGGGAAUGUUGGUACCCCAACCCUUCAGCUCGCCUCACAGCCCUGCGUAUCAAAAAAACCCUACAGAAACUCUGUGCAAACCUAGAGAAGCCCAAAAUGAUACACUAGGCAUCUGGUGCCCAUACCCACUUUGACCUGGGGAGGGCUGUAUAGAACUGUCUGGCUUGGACCUCUUGAAAUUACAGAGUCUGCUUCUCUUAUUAUCCACGAUCUCAGGAGGAGAGGAAUGGGGAGUGUGGUCCCCUGAGAGGGCAGCUACGGCUGCUGAACUCCACGCCUCCAGCCCCCGGCUCUCCCAGCCAAAAAUAUUGCUGGGCCUGUAAUCUGAUGCCAGGGCAUUUAGCCCAGUCUGAAGGAACAGUCUCCCUGACGCCUGGCUUUCCCCCACCCCCAACACACCCACAUUGACCCCUCCUUCCUCAGGAAGCCUAGAUCCCAGCUGGCCCCAGCUGCAGGACAACUAUGCCCUAAGACAUGAUCAUAGGGUAGUUACCAGCUAACUCCCACCAACUGGGGUACAGGGCAGGGAAUUCCUAUUCACUCUGCCACCAACUUCCCCUUGUGCACAAGUGCCCACACCAACACAGAGACAGAAACCCCAUUCUUCUCUGCCUCACCUGCUUCUUGUGCCAUACCCAGCCCCAAUUUCCCAGGGUCAGCAGAGAGAGUGCAAGGUCUCCAGUCCCUUCCAGAUGGCACUUUUCCAGAGUAAACCUCCUUGUGAACAGCACCACAUCAUAUGCCCCCUGUGCCAUGAAGACUGACCCUAAGUACAACGUGUAUACUCUAUCACUGACUGAAUCAAGGGCUGGACUAGAGCCGGCAUGUCUCCGCCCAAAGGACCUGGUGGACUCAAUGCCAAGGGACCCCAUUAUGUCCUUGCUCUCUCCCAGAUGUCAUCACUGGACAUGGAAUAACAAUUAUGUGGGAAGUCACUUUGGGUUACUAAAUUCUGCCCAAAUCAAAGAUCCUUGACCAAGGAGCAACCUCUGCUCCAAACCACUUAACCUGGAAUUAAACCACAAAUUUUCAAGUCUUUCCCAGGUCAAUGCGAGCAAGAGUGAGACUGGUGCAUUUGUUAGCAAGUCACAGAAAGGUGGUGAUGAUAUUGAAAGGUCAGAAAAGGCUAGCAUUCAGUCUGACUGGGCUUCCAAAAUAAAUAUAAGGCUAUACUUAGAGCUUUCUGAGAUUGUCUAAGGUUCCAUCCAUCCCCAGUACAAAUUCAUCUCCUUCCCUUGUCUUUUGCCAACAUAUCCCCACUAAUAGCUAAUAGCUGAUUCUAUCUGAGUCUGAGGGGAGACCUAAAAAAGGAAAGUGCCUACUUUUUAAUAGUCCCAGGCCUGGGGCUGACUUGGCAUUUAUUCCCUGCCACUUGGGGUACCAUCCUAGGACCUUUUAGUUCAUAAAUUCACCACUGUAUUUAAUGCCAAUAAUAUCCUGAUUUAGAAAGGUGGUGCCUACACCACUCACUGAAUGUAUAAAAUGAAGAGAUUGAACUAAAUAAUCUCAAAGCUCCCCUCCAGCUCAAAUAGUCCAUGAUAAAUCCCUGACCUUCUCCAGCUUUAGUGUUAGUAGCCACAUCCUUGGCAAGACCCCCAAGUAUUCAGCUUAAACUCUUCUGAGCUUAGAGGAAGCACAAAAUCAGAGACAUGAAGUGAGACGGGACCUUAUUUUUAUACAUGAUGAAACUUUGGCUCAAUAUUCCCUGAUGCCCUUGGCACCAUGGGAUGGAGUGCUAAGACCAGGAAAUCUGACUAGGCUGAUGGGCUGAUGUGUGCUGCUGAAUAGGACCUGGAAGCAUAGGGUGAGGGGAGGAUGUGGCAGAUGGAGUUUAUUAGAAACUCCAAGACAAACCCAGGCUCCAGAAAUCCCAGGUCCAGAGUUCAGGAUACACUGGCAAAUGUUUCUUGUAUCUGUCCUUGGAAGGUUUCCCAUGUCCUUGAAAAACUGCAUCCUUCUCUUCUUCCAUAGCGUUGUGAGAUCUAAAGCUGGAGGGGAAUGUGAAGAUUGCCCUUGUUCCUUGAGGAAGUUCACUCAAGGGAAGAAGAAGCAAAUCAACCCCAUCAACAGGCUUUUAUUAAGCUUCUUCUAUGUUCUAGGCACUAUGCUAAGCACUGGAAGUACAAAUACAAUGAAUGAAAUAAUUCCUAUUCACAAGCAGCCUGCAUUCUAAUGGAGAAAAGAAGCACAUGUAUAAGUAUGCAGAAUAAAUACUUUAAAAAUAAA